GAGGAUUCUGAAGAAAGUAACUAUGGAACCUUCAGAAAGACUGGCUAAUCUCCAGGUGCUGUGGGACAGUCAGACAGUGGCAGAACUUGGACCUUGUGGAGGAUUUUCACAGAUGUAUGCUUGUGUUUGUGAUUGGCUUGGAUUUCCCUAUAGAGAAGAAGUGCAGUGGGAUGUCGAUACAAUUUAUCUGACACAAGAUACCAGAGAGUUGAAUUUGCAAGACUUCAGCCAUCUUGACCACAGAGACUUAAUACCUAUAGUUGCUGCUCUGGAGUAUAAUCAGUGGUUUACAAAGCUGUCCUCCAAGGAUCUGAAAUUAUCCACUGAUGUCUGUGAGCAGAUCCUGCGGGUGGUGAGUAGGUCCAAUCGAUUGGAAGAACUGGUGUUAGAGAAUGCCGGGCUUAGAACAGAUUUUGCACAGAAACUAGCCAGCGCCCUAGCCCACAACCCCAACUCAGGACUCCAUACGAUCAACCUUGCUAGCAAUCCACUUGAAGACAGAGGUGUGUCAUCUUUGAGCAUCCAGUUCGCCAAACUUCCAAAGGGCCUGAAACAUUUAAAUUUAUCUAAAACCUCCUUGUCACCUAAAGGGGUGAAUAGCCUUUCGCAGUCACUGAGUGCCAACUCGCUGAUCACAAACACGCUCAUCUAUCUUGACCUCUCAGGGAACAUGCUCCGUGGUGAUGAUCUCUCAAGCCUGUACAAUUUUUUGGCCCAGCCAAAUGCCCUUGUUCAUCUGGAUUUAUCCAACACGGAGUGUGCACUAGAUAUGGUGUGUGGAGCCCUCCUUCGUGGAUGUCUUCAGCAUCUAGCUGUCCUUAGCCUCUCUAGGACCCUUUUUUCUCACAGAAAAGGAAAAGAAGUCCCUCCCUCCUUCAAACAGUUUUUCAGCAGCUCACUUGCUUUGAUGCAGAUUAAUCUUUCGGGAACGAAACUCCCUCCUGAGCCUCUAAAAGCGCUUUUACUAGGCCUGGCUUGCAAUCACAAUCUGAAGGAGGUGUCUUUAGACCUCAGUAGCUGUGAGUUAAGAUCGGGAGGUGCACAAGUCUUGGAAGGAUGCAUAGCAGAAAUACACAAUAUCACCAGCCUAGAUAUUUCGGACAAUGGUCUAGAAUCUGACCUCUCAACACUUGUAGUCUGGCUUAGUAAAAACCGAUCGAUAAGACACUUGGCGUUAGGCAAAAACUUUAACAACAUGAAAUCCAAAAAUCUCACUCCAGUACUUGAUAAUUUAGUUCAGAUGAUUCAAGACGAGGAUUCACCUCUGCAGUCAUUGUCCCUCGCAGAUUCCAAGCUGAAGACUGAGGUCACCAUAAUUAUUAAUGCCUUGGGCAGCAAUACUUCUCUUACAAAAGUGGAUAUUAGUGGAAACGCCAUGGGAGAUAUGGGAGCAAAGAUGCUGGCAAAAGCCCUACAGAUAAACACCAAGCUCCGAACUGUAAUAUGGGACAAGAAUAACAUCACUGCGCAAGGCUUCCAGGACAUAGCUGUGGCACUGGAAAAGAAUUAUACUUUGAGAUUCAUGCCUAUACCGAUGAACGAUGCUUCCCAAGCACUCAAAACUAACCCUGAGAAAACAGAAGAGGCACUGCAAAAGAUAGAAAACUACUUGCUUCGUAAUCACGAGACCAGAAAGUACCUACAGGAGCAAGCGUAUCGGCUGCAGCAAGGCAUUGUCACUAGUACCACUCAGCAG